GGUAAGUCCUGGUCAGUUCCGUUUUCCGGGUUCUGUAUUUUUGGCUGCGAAAAUGCCUGAGAGAGAAACUGAGAUGUUUUCCAAUCCUCUGGCCCCAGAUGGCCAUGAAGUGGAUGAUCUUCACUCGCUUCAGCAGUCAAAACUGACAAAUGAUGACUUCCGCAAGCUGCUUAUGACACCUCGUUCAACUCCUUCUUCAGCUCCACCAACAAAGUCUCGCCACCAUGAGAUGCCCCGAGAAUACAAUGAGGAUGAAGAUCCAGCUGCUCGUAGAAGGAAGAAAAAGAGUUACUAUGCUAAAUUACGUCAGCAAGAAAUUGAACGUGAACGAGAACUGGCUGAGAAAUACAGAGACAGAGCCAAGGAACGACGAGAUGGCGUGAACAAGGACUAUGAAGAAACUGAACUCAUCAGCACAACGGCCAACUACAGAGCUGUGGGGCCCACUGCUGAGGCGGAUAAAUCUGCAGCAGAGAAAAGGCGUCAGCUGAUCCAGGAGUCCAAGUUCUUGGGUGGUGACAUGGAGCACACUCACUUGGUGAAAGGUCUGGAUUUUGCCCUUUUGCAAAAGGUCCGUGCUGAGAUUGCCAACAAAGAAAAAGAAGAAGAUGAUAUUAUGGAAAAACCACAGAAAGAAACCAAGAAAGAUGAGGAUCCUGAAAACAAGAUAGAAUUUAAGACACGACUUGGUCGCAAUGUUUAUCGUAUGCUGUUUAAAAGCAAAGCAUAUGAAAGAAAUGAGCUGUUCCUGCCUGGAAGGAUGGCAUACGUGGUGGAUCUAGAUGACGAGUAUGCCGAUACCGAUAUUCCAACCACACUGAUCCGCAGCAAAGCAGAUUGUCCGACCAUGGAGGCUCAAACUACACUUACAACCAAUGACAUUGUUAUCAGUAAACUGACCCAAAUCCUGUCUUACCUGAGACAAGGAACUCGUAACAAGAAGCUGAAAAAGAAAGACAAAGGAAAGAUGGAUGAAAAGAAACCUCCUGAAGCAGAUUUGAGCAUCUUUGAUGAAAUUGGAGACUAUAUCCCAAGCACAACAAAAGCGCCACGAGAAAAGGAGCGAGAGAAGCACAGAGAGAAGGAACGAGAGAGGGACAGGGAGCGACCAAGAGAGAGGGAACGAGACAGGGAACAUGAAAGAGACAGAGAGCGUGACCGAGAGAGAGGUCGAGAGCGAGAGCGCGAACGUGAUGAAGAGAAGAGGAGGCACAGCUACUUUGAAAAACCUAAAGCUGAUGAUGAGGCAUUAGAUAUCGACAAAGGCCCUGCAUCUGCAAAAGAGCUUCUAAAAUCCAUCAAUGAUAAUUUUGCGAAUGCAUCUGGAUGGGACGGCAUUGAAAGCUUGAGGAAACAUGAAGAUAAGAAGCAAGUGGGUGAUUUCUUUGGAAUGUGGAACAGCUACGCGGAAUGUUACCCCGCAACCAUGGAUGACAUGGCGGUUGACAGUGAUGAAGAAGUGGAUUACAGUAAAAUGGAUCAGGGUAAUAAGAAAGGCCCGCUGGGAAGAUGGGAUUUUGACACACAGGAGGAAUACAGUGAAUAUAUGAACAACAAAGAGGCUUUACCCAAAGCUGCUUUCCAGUAUGGCAUUAAAAUGUCAGAAGGCCGUAAAACCAGACGUUUCAAGGAGACCAAUGAAAAAGCAGAGCUGGACAGACAGUGGAAAAAGAUCAGUGCGAUUAUUGAGAAAAGAAAGAAGUUGGAGGCUGAUGGGGUUGAAGUAAAACGGCCUAAAUACUGAAAAUGUACCAUUUUGUAUAGGAAUUUAUUUUUACGUUUUUGUUACUGGAAAUGAUAAAACUGUGUAACUGUUCAAAUUUAAAGCCAACCUAUGAUACUGAUGUUGCAACUAAAACUAAAGAAUACUUAAGCAGUUAUAACAACACAUAAUUCAUAGAAGUCUUAGGCAGAAACAAAUAAUGGCUAAGUGUAUAUCUGUAUAGAUAAUGGUCAUUCCAUUGAUUUAUUUAGCAAGAAGAAAGCUGGAAUCAACAUGUCGUUUGUGAUUUGUGUCGCUAUUUGCAUGCUCUGUGUGACUGAAAAAUGGAUUAAAUAUUUAAACCACCA